CUUCCGUGUGACGGCCCGGGGGAGGGGCGCGAUGCGCCUGCUCGCCCGCUGGGGCUCCGGUGCGCAUGCGGCGCUGAAGGGAGGCUCCGGGGAAGCCUUGGCGCCUGCGCAGCUGGAGAGGCGGGAGGGGAGUGGGUCCUUGCGCGCUUGCGCAGUGUGCGCCUGGCUGUGGUGGGGGUGAGAGGAGCCCGGAGGCGCUUGAGACAUCAGAACAAAAAGUUCUGACGGGGAGACAAAAUGGCUGACAAGAGGCGCCUGGCAUACUCCAUCAUCCAGUUCCUGCAUGACCAGCUACAGAACGGGGGUCUCUCUCCUGAUGCCCAGGAGAGCUUAGAAGUUGCAAUCCAAUGCCUGGAGACUGCUUUUGGAGUAUCCAUGGAAGACCAAGAUCUGGUUGUGUCUCAAACUCUCCCUGAAAUUUUCGAAGCUGCUACAGGAAAGGAGCCUCAUUACGUCAGAACAAAUUCUGAGCCAGUCACCCCCUCGGAAGAAGACAUGGCUGAAGCUGAAAGACUUAAGACUGAAGGUAAUGAACAAAUGAAGGCAGAAAACUUUGAAAGUGCUGUGUCUUUCUACGCAAAAGCAAUUGAAUUAAAUCCAUCAAAUGCAGUAUAUUUUUGCAACAGGGCUGCUGCUUACAGCAAAUUAGGAAACUAUGCUGGAGCCGUCAGAGACUGUGAAAGAGCGAUCGGUAUUGAUCCAAACUACAGCAAAGCUUAUGGCAGGAUGGGCUUAGCCCUCUCCAGUUUAAACAAACACGCAGAAGCUGUCAUUUACUACAAAAAAGCCCUGGAGUUGGAUCCAGACAAUGAAACGUACAAAUCAAACCUUAAAAUAGCCGAACAGAAAAUGAAAGAAACCCCUAGUCCAACUGGAGGCACAGGAGGAUUUGAUUUAGCUGGAUUGCUGAAUAACCCAGGCUUCAUGAGCAUGGCAUCUAACCUCAUGAACAAUCCACAAGUACAACAGCUAAUGUCUGGGAUGAUUUCAGGUGGCCAGAACCCUAUGGGAGCAGCAGGAGCCAGCCCUUCCCCUAACGACCUUGCCAGCCUUAUCCAAGCAGGUCAACAGUUUGCUCAGCAGAUGCAGCAGCAGAAUCCAGAGCUAAUAGAACAGUUACGAAGUCAGAUUAGGAGUCGAACCCCCAGUGCUAGCAACGAGGAUCAGCAGGAAUGAGAACACCAGUGCUACCCAUGGGAAUUCUUCACUAUAAAAAACUGGAAGCCAUGUGUGUGUUGCCAUUUCUCCAGUUGGAAAAGAGAGAAAAAGGAAAACAAACCAGAAAAAAAAAAAAACUUUAUACGACCUGCAUGUUAAAGACAGAUUCUCAUUUUCUUCCCCUAGUCCCUUUGCCUGCCCCCAAAUCCCUCUUUUCCCUCUGGAAGAUCCAGCAAGCAGUAAACACAAACCAGCAUCAAUUAUCUUUCUAGAACUCAGAAAACCAACCACAUUGUUACCUGCUACGUUGAGGAUUUGAAUCCAUUUUCAAGGAUACAGCACUCUUCACUGUAAGAAGCCUCCACCCUCUUGACCGGCUGCUUAAAAGGAGUGAACAGCUCCAUUCCCCUUCUUACAUCUUUUCGUCAUGUUUAAGAGACGCCAAUGUUUAAACGCAAUUAACCCAUCGCAGCUCACUGAAUCUCCUUGCACCCAACAGCUAGGUGUCAAAAAUCGCUUAUGUUCACUGCAUUUCUUAUUCGGGUGCAUAGCGAUACUGCCGAUGUGGUUUCUACACAGGAGAUUAAGAUGGUGGACAUCUCUAAAGGCAUUUGUGAAUGUAAGUGUAUUUUGGGAGAUGGGUUGCCUGGAGUAAGACCGUUUUCUGUGACUCCUUCAAAUUGAGCAUUUUUGAUACAAGUUUUUCAGAUCUUUUUUGCCAAUAAUGACACAAUUUAUCUAGUGUUUUAAAAAAAAAAAUCAUGGUUCUAUCUUUGUCAGCUGUCCUCUCUGCGGUAGUUGGGGAGAGAGAAGAUUUGACUCCUUUUAGUUCAAGUUUUUAGAAGUUUUAGUUUUUAUUAUCUCUUGUGUGUGAGUGGUCACGAAGAUCAGGGCUUCUGUGAUAGAGAUGGGAGUUGCAGAUACCCAUUUCAGAGGGGUUCGAGUUGCUGAAUACAUGGGAAUGUGAGCUGGUGGAAUAAAACUGCUGUUUGGAUCCAUAA